AUGCCAUCCAAGAAAGAGUCAUGCGAUUCCACUCCAUUGCAACAAUGUUUAUUGGCCAACAAUAACGAUCAGACAAAGUGCCGUAAAGAAUGGGAUGAUUUUCAGCGCAAAUGCCGUGAAAAGCAAAAGAAAGAAUCUAACAAGCCCUGUGAGACCUGCAAACUACCAGAAGCACAAUAA